GUGUCUUGGCCCUGUUCACGUGUUGUUGCUCUUGAAGCAAAUGUGUUACCAGUAAAUUUGUGACUUUUGGGCAUGACGUUUUGACGAAAAAUUAUUGAAUCCACUGCUAUUUGUUUCUCUAGUUUGAUUUGUUUCAUUUUGUUGACAUUGUGCAUUUUUGUUAUGCCUGCUUCGGUGGCCGAUCCGGUGGCUCUCGUACUGCGAACCGCUUUGAGCGGGAAAAAGGGUCCUUACUCGCAUGAAACGGAAAAUGCUCCAGAAUUACUCGAGGAUCGGUUGGCAGCAUCUGCCAAGAGAGUAUUGCUCUCAUCCAUUGAAUAUGAACCUGCUCCUAAACAACAACUACUUUCGCUGGACACAUUGAAGAGCAAGUAUACUGUGCUCAAUUCCAGCCUUUCUGCUAAAAUCACAUCCCUAAAUGGAUCAAGUCCUGUGACAAUUCAAGAUUCGCUACCAGCCCCCAAGGUCACCCUGUUUCGAAGUGAAGAUGUGAAAGUUGGGUGGAAAGGCUCUGUACCAGUUGGAGCUGGCAUGAUAAAUAUGGGAAAUACUUGUUAUAUGAAUUCAACGUUACAAGCACUUUUCCACGUCCCAUCAUUGUCUAACUGGCUGUCAAGUGUUAGGCAAUGUAAAAACUGUGAUCCUAAUGGAAGUCAGCUAUGUGUUGUGUGUAUUAUUGCUAAGACACUUCAGUCUACGCACGACAAAUCAGGAUCUGUUAUCAAACCCAUUUUGGUCUACAAUAGACUAAAACUGAUUUGCAAACAUUUAGUUCAUGGAAGGCAAGAAGAUGCCCAUGAAUUUAUGCGAUACUUAAUGGAAGCUAUGGAAAAGGCGUAUCUUCAGAGCGUCGGUGGAACUAAACUCGACUCGCGUAGUAAAGAGACUAACCCUCUCGGGCAGAUAUUUGGAGGUUACAUACGAACUGAGGUUACUUGUUUGAAGUGUAAACACACAUCAACCACCUUCCAACAUUUUCAGGAUAUCCCUUUGGAUAUUCAGCAUGCCUCAACUCUAGAUGAUGCUUUGGGUCAUUAUUUCCGUCGCGAGAGGCUUGAAGGAGACAAUGCUUAUAAAUGCGAAAAAUGCAAGAGCAAGGUCCCUGCUACCAAAAAAUUUUCUAUUGAGCGAGCCCCGAAUGUACUGUGCAUCCAGUUGAAGCGUUUUGGACUCAUGGGCGGGAAAAUGUCCAAGCACAUCCAGUUCAGUCGUAACCUGAACUUGAAUCGCUUUCUUUUUCAUCAGUCGUCGGGUGGACCCUGUGUUACCUACAAGUUUGUAUCGCUCAUCAAUCACAUGGGUCCAUCACAGCAUUGCGGUCAUUACACCGCGAUUGCAGAGGCAAGCAACGGACAACUGUAUCUCUUCGACGAUUGCUCCGUCCGUCUAAUCUCACUUAAUGUCGCAAUGAGUACGGGCGCAUAUGUAUUGAUCUACGAGAAAGUGCAAUCGUCUCCUUCUACUCCUACUAAUAGUAUGGCUAAAAUAAGUAACAUCCAAGCUAACAGUCCAGCUCCUACGCCUAAGCUUCCGAUUCCACGACCGGCGAUAAUUUCAGAGCCCUCUCGUCCAAAAAUCCAAAUUGAACUAAAAAAGGCUGAUCCUCUUCUAACGAAACCUCGAUUGAUUAUGCGAAACGGGUCGGCACUAUUCAAAUCUUCUACGGCGCUCCCCCCUUCUCCUGUUGUUAACGGAUCAGCCGUCAAGGAAGAACCACGCGUCGUCCCUGUAACUGCUCCAAAAACCUCCCCACUUAAAAAUCCGACCGCCUUGGUGCCUUACGAUGGCGAAUCGUCGGAUGAAGAACCAGAGAAAGAAACUGCCACAACCAAUGCUACCACAGAAACCAAUUCAUCAUCUGCUGUUUUGAAAGCUACCGAAACCAAGUGGCAAGUCAGCCCUUCUCCAACUCCUAUUGAGGCACCAACUACAGUGUCAAGUAACGGUGGGGCCACAGUCGCCACUAAGUGGCAAGUAUCAGAUAACACUCAGCAGGACAACAGCAGCAGCAGUACCACUAGCAGCGGCAGUGUCAGUCAGAAAUGGAUCGUUCGAUCAUUGAGUGAUACUGAAUCGGAGAGAGCUAAUCCAACACGUAGUGAACAGAAGGUUUACUAUAGCGACACAGAGAUGGAUCCACCCUCUACUAAGGCCACACCACCUUUAAGAAAACUGGGUAACAAGAUUCGUCUCAUUAGUGGGAAAAUAUUUGGACCUUCCACUAAGCAAGUCGACGCUAAACUGACAAACGAAACUUGUAAAAAUAAUGAUGCAACCCUUCCGACUGAACCAGUCAAAGAAACGAAAUCCGAGCCCGUCAAGGAGGAGCAUUCCUCCAUAACCAGCACUGACCCAGCAACGAAUACACUGCCUGCUGCUGACAUGCCUGCUAAGUGCAGUAAUGUAAAAUGGGAUGGAAGUCGCACUACUGAUACAGUAAAGGAAUUACUCCGCAUGUCUCAUAGUGGAUUCAGCGAUCAAGUUCGAACUUGGGAUGGAGGCAAAAGUCAUUUGACGAAACAAGUAGAGGAUGACAAGCGCUUACAGCGCAAACGGACAGCUGACGACUUGGUGGACGAAGAAAUAGACAAGGGAAAGACUAAGAAGAUCAAGUCCAACAAAGAGGAAAACACUGAAUCCAGUCCUUCUCGCAAUGGUUACAACCCGUUCCAAGUGUUUCAAGACUCUGUUCAGAAGAACAAAGACCAAAAGCAGCAACAUCAUAAACCCGAUCAUUUUAACAAUAAUCAAUCUCACAGUCGAUAUGGUUAUCAAGGUAAUCGGGGUAAGGGCUUUCGCAGUCGUGGAGGAUCAGACCAUCAUCGAUCGAAAAGUCAAUCUUGGCGUCGGUUUCGGUAGUGCAUCCCAUCAAAUUUUCUCUUUGUUGUAAUUUUCACGCCAUCUUACUCUAAAAUUCACAUUGGUUAUAAUCGUAAUUCUUUUUUGUUGCCAUUGGGAAAACUUGUGUAGGGGGUUCAAAUUUAAAGUGACCCAAUGUCUUCUUUCCAUCUCUUCUAGCCACUACCGUGUAGUUUUGUUCCUCAAUUACGGUUUGAUUUAUCGAUGCAAGAAGCGCGCAUUAAUGGAUAUCAUAAAUGAUGAAAAAAUAAUAAAAAUAAAAAAACCAGCGUUAUCUAUCUGUAAAAAUAUAUAACAAUAUUUUACACCCCA